AUGGCUCCAGACGGGAGCGUCUCUGGCGGCAGCGCGGGAUCCGUCGCCGUGGCCGCCUCCGCAAUCGACGUCGAAGCGUCGCAGGCGCAGCGAGGCGUUGUUAAUCCCGAGAAACGGGGAGAACCGGGGAACGGCAGAACGGAGGCGAAUGGCGACGAGUCAAACGGGAGGAUCAAGACGAGCGGGAAGAGCGGCGGCGACGGCGGCGGCGCGGGGAGCUGGGAAGAGCCUCGGAGCCGCAUGUGGGAAUGGCGGGAGAACUGGAUGGUCCACUACGAAGUUGCUGGGGAUGAAACGGACAGGUCUCUCCCCGCGGUGCUGCUGCUGCCGGGGUUCGGCGUGGGGUCCUUCCACUUCCAGCAGCAGCUGCGCGGACUGGCGGCAGGCGCAGGGGCAGGCGCAGGGGCAGGCGGAGCAGCAGGCGGGGCAGCAGGAGCAGAAUCAGGUGGAGAAUCAACUAGAGUAGGCGGAGGAGGAGGAGGAGGAGGAGGGCAGGAGGGAGGAGAGGCGCAGCAGCGGUAUCGGGUGUGGGCGAUGGAUUUCUUUGGCCAGGGCAAGUCCUGGCCUGCCAAGGACCCCGCUCCCUUCCCUGCUCCUGCUGCCGCUGCUGCUCCUCCUGCUGCUGCUUCGGCUUCUGCUGCUGCCCUCGGGUCGGACCGAGCAGGACGAGCAGCAGAGGAAGAGGAGGCGCUGCUGCUGCGAGGGGCAGAAGAGGGGAGGGGGGGACAAACAGAGUCAAGGGAGUCAAGCGAGUCAACGGAGGAGGUUGUAGCGGACUGGGGGUUUGGGCCUAGAGCAGAGCCGUGGGCGCGGGACUUGGUGUAUGGGUCGGACAUGUGGUGCGAGCAGGUUGCGGCGUUCAUUUCCCAGGUCAUCCAAGAGCCAGUGUUCAUAGCAGGCAACUCCUUGGGCGGCUACAUAGGCGCGUAUCUCGCUGCCUCGCACCCGCACCUGUGCCGCGGGCUCAUGCUGCUCAACGCCACGCCCUUCUGGGCCUUUGCUCCCAACCCAGCUGCCCCUGCGCCUUCUCUCCUCGCCCGCCUCUACCCGUUCUCCUGGCGCGGGUCUCUUCCUGUUCCGACGCUCGCGCGGGUGGUUGCACGGCGAUGGUGGGACAGUCUGCGCCAUCCCACCACGCUGCGCUCGCUGCUCACUCUUGUCUACACCGACCCGUCACCGCUCACCCCCGCGCUCAUAGACAGCAUCGCCCAGCCCACGCAGCACCCCGCCUCUGCUGCUGCCUUCGCCUCCAUCCUCUUUGCCCCCAAGGCGCGCCUCUCCUUCGACGAGAACCUCAGCAGCAUAACCGCUCGCGCCCUGCCAGUGUGCAUUAUUCACGGCCGGGACGACCCCUGGGUGGGGCCCAUGUGGGCGGCCAGAGCAGCCAGAGCUCUCCCGCACGCCGCCUUCUUUGAACUCUCCCCUGCCGGCCACUGCCCCCACCACGAGAGACCUCAGGUGGUUAACUACCUCAUCUCUUCAUGGGUCUCACACGUUCACUCCAACUUCUCCACGCCCCUCCCCCUCUCUCCUGAGCCGCACUCAACACACUCCCACUCCGACUCACCCUCCGCAGCUUCACUUGCCUCCUCCUCAUCCUCCUCCUCCUCACAACCCUCCACUGCUCUUCCCUGGUCGUUCCCUUCCCUAUUGGGGGAGGGGGAAUGGGAGGAGGGUGUGUGGAUAGACGGAGUGGGAUUACACACCUCAUCAGCAGAGAAGCAAGGGGACGUGACUGAACCAACCGUGACUGUAAAGAGUUCAGGAGGUUCGCAGAGCGUGGGUGCAGGAUCGGAACCUUGGUCCGGGAUUCAAGUGAGGAGGCAUAUGAAGCCUCCUCCCCACCCGAUUCAUCUGGUAGAUGCUGCAGUUGAGACUGUGUCUGCUACUUGGAGACGAAUCACUGGUAAGGCUGAUGCUGGUAGCGAUAACGGGAGGAAAAAGAGCCUGUGA